AUGCGGAUGAGUGGCGGCGCGAUGCUGUUGUGGAUGAUGAUUUCGCUCAUCGGCCACGGCACGUGUCUCAGCGCUGUCACGCAGAAGGCCUCCCGGGACGGCUCGCCAGGUCCUCUCCGUCCACUCUGUAACGGCCAUGCGGACCUGUGCGACCGCCGUUUCAGCAACAUCACCCACGUCGCAGCCCACAAUAGCCCAUUCAACGAAUUUGGUAAUCCCGGGAGCAACCAAGUGGAAGAUGUCGAAACACAGUUAAAUGACGGCGUGAGAAUGCUGCAAUUCCAGACCCGCGUCCGCGACGGCGUCGUACACAUGUGCCACACCAGCUGCUGGAUCCUCGAUGCCGGGCCGCUCGUCGACCUCCUGCGCCUGGUGAUGACGUGGCUGUCCGUCCACCCUUACGAAGUUGUGACUCUACUGAUGGGCAAUGGCGACCGCAUCCCCGCGGCGAACUUUACCUCCCCGAUGGUCGACUCUGGCCUGGUCGAUUACGUGUACGAGCCCCCUCAGGGGAAUAUGGACCUGGACUCGUGGCCGACCCUGGCGGACAUGAUCCAAAACGGCACGCGCGCCGUGGUGAUGUUGGACUACGGAGCGGACGCGCGCACCGUUCCGUAUUUGAUAGAUGAGUUCGCCGUGAUGUGGGAGACCCCUUUUUCUCCCACCGAUGCGACGUUCCCCUGCACCCCGGAUCGACCUCCCGGAGCCAAUGAGUCUACCCGCAGAAGCACCAUGAUCAUGGCGAAUCACAACUUGAAUCAGAAUUUCUCGAUUGGCGGCCAGGAGAUCCUGGUGCCCGAGUACGAUGAGAUCUACGACACAAAUGCGGAUCAGGGAAAUGGUAGCGUCGGGGAAGCCGUGGCUCGAUGCAUUCGCGACUGGAAUCGACCACCCACGUUUAUUCUCGUCGACUUUUACAGGCAAGGGAAUUUUCCCGGGUCGGUGAUGAGUGCCGCAGCCGCGGCGAACGGAAUCGACAGUGUACGACCCAGUGUGAAUGGAGCUUUACCUCACAAAGCAGGCUGCGGAAAGACCGAGAUGGCGCUGAUAUUCACCCUUCUAUGGCUUAUCUCCGAGCUGGUGUUGUGA